AUGGCGACAAAUUUCAAUACUGAGGACGAACAACGACGUUUGCAAGAUGAAAAUAUGCGUCAUUUACGUGAACUGGAAUUGAGUCAAUUGAGUGGAAAUGAAGAACAAAUCGCUCGACAAGAAAUUGAGAAAUAUGACAAAGAGCAACGUGAAUUGGAAAGGUUGGAUGUGAUGGAUGCACAGAAGAUUGAAUCGGAAAUAUGUGAUUUAAAUCAACAAAUUUCGACGGCUGAAAAAGAACGUGAAUCCUUAGAAAAACAACUUGAAACAUUUCGUAUAGAACUAGAAACACAAACGAAUGAUCUUCGACAAGUAACGGACGAUCUUUCGAAUCGUACACAAGAAAUAACACAUCUUCAAGAACAACUUCAAGAUUUGCGACAACAAAGACAUGUGCUGACUCUCGAACAAGACAAAUGGCAAAUGACGCUAACUACACAACAGCAAGCACUGGAAGAAGAAAAAGUACGAGUGACCGAUAUUGUACAACAGAUGACUGUAUUAGAGAACGAAAAACGUUUGUUAAUAGAACGACAAAACGAACUGAAUCAAGCGCUAAAAAUUAUCCAAACUGAAGGAACUACUCUUGGAAGAGAAAUAGAAACACUUGGUAAUGAACUCCUUCACUUAGAGACACAAGAGCACGAUUUAAUACAAGAACGGGAUCAAUCCGAGAAGGUUGUCGAACAAAUCACCAAACAAUUACAAAAUACUCAAAAUAACAUGGCCGCAUGUCAAGCAGAGAUGAAUGAACAAGAUGCUCAAAUAUAUGAAUUAGAAACAAACAACCAACAAGUCGAAGCUGAAAUAAAAUAUUUACAACAAUCAAUCCAAAUUAUUACAGACAUGGUCAAACAAAGCGAGAACAAGCGAAAUGACUUGAACGUAUAUAUUAAUCGGAAAAACAUGGAGAAGCAAGCGGCUGAACAAGAAAAAAGAGAUGCCGAUGUCGAAGUUCAAAAAUCGCAAGCAAUUCUCGAAACAGUCAAUACUGAAUUGAAAACAUUACAAGAUCAAUUAGCAAAAUUGAUCACAGAAACAAAUCAAUUGGAACUACAAUGUCGUCAAGCGCAGAACGAACUUCAGAACGCACAGGAAGCACUUACCCACGCCAACGGAGAAGUGGAACGACUUCGAAAUGAACUCGAACGAGUUACAAGAGAGUUAACAGCGAGACGAUCUCAACUGACCCAGGCUGAAGAACGAAGAACUCAACUGGCAACAGCACUGACGCAAAGAAGAAAUGAACUGGACGCAAUUAAUCUGAAUGUCACGAGACUCGGGCAGGUCGUCGCUCAAGCGAAAGCUCAGCUUGAUGCCGCCAUCACAUCUCUCAAUCAAAUGACGGUAACACUUCGUCGCGAAGAACAGUUGGAGUUUGAAAUGCGAAAAGCCGUUGAAACUCAAAACAAAGUCGUGAAUGAAGCGCAGAACAAGGCGAACGAAGCGGAUCGAGAAGAAAGCGAAGCUAAGGAAGCUGCAAAUCGGGCGAUGCGGGAACAGGUACAAGCACAGGCCGAACAGGAGAAUAUCAAAGGCCGAUUACGAAACGCUGAAUUAUGGCUUCUAGCACUCGUGGCAGCGCUUGCUGCUGCAUUGCUUAUUCCGAUCGCCGGUAAAAUUAUCGCUCUUGGAAUGGCAGCCACAAUUGCAGUUGCUACCACUCUUGUUGCCUCCUUGACUGAUGAUCUGACUAAUGCACAAACGAAAUGUUCUCAAGCGACUGUCAAGCGUGACAACGCCCU